AUGGCCAAUGCAUCUAGCAAAUUAACAAAUUCUGGCUGCAAGCGAGUUCAACUUAACCUUGGGAAAGUCGCUGAAAUUCCUCUUCGUCAUCGAACCAAUAUCCGCUCAUUGUCAAAGGCAUUGAAUUUUCCAAAAUCAACAGUUCAUAGGAGAAUUAAAGAAGGCAAAAUUAGGCCGCAUUCAAAUGCGUUGAAGCCGUGUUUAUCUGAAGAUAAUAAGAGAGCAAGACUGCGAUUUUGUCUUUCAAUGCUUGAACCUAAUAGUCUUCAAGGCCAGCCAAUGUUCAAAUCCAUGUAUGACUAUGUGCACAUUGAUGAGAAGUGGUUUUACAUCUCCAAAGAAGCAGAGAGGUAUUACCUUCUUCCUGAAAAAGAAGAACCACAUCAUUGUUGUAAAAGUAAACGUUUCAUUACAAAGGUAAUGUUUCUUGCAGCAGUUGCUCAGCCACGGUUUGAUGAAAAUAAAAAUGAAGAAUUUUCAGGUAAAAUUAGAAUUUGGCCAUUCACGUACAAGGGGCCAGCUAAAAAGAACAAUAAAAAUUGUGCAGUUGGUACGCUUGAAACAAAGGCAAUUGUAUCGGUAACAAAAGAUGUUAUUCGUGCAUGUUUGAUUGAGAAGGUUCUACCUGCGAUUCGAUCUAAAUGGCCACGUUCCAGUGCAACGAACACUAUAUUCAUUCAACAAGAUAAUGCAAGACCACAUGUUGAUCCAUUUGAUGUUGGAUUUCUUGAAGCUGUAAGUAGAAAAGGUUUUGAUAUUCGUUUAUCGUAUCAACCCCCAAACAAUCCGGAUAUGAAUGUUUUGGACCUCAGAUAUUUUAGAGUGAUCCAAUCUUUGCAAUAUCAAGAAGUACCCAUAAAUAUUGAUGAAUUGGUUUAUGCCGUAGAAAAAUUGUUCGAAGAAUUAUCACGAGAAACUCUUGAUCAUGUAUUUGUAACCUUGCAAGCAUGUAUGUUAGAGGUGAUGAAAAUCAAUAGUGGAAACAAUUACAAAUUGCCACAUAUGGAAAAGAGAAAACUGAUGAGAGAUGGUAGUCUACCUUGCCAAAUUCAAUGUGAACCUCAUGUUGUUGAAAAUGCUUUGGCCCAUCUCCAUUUAAGUCCAGGGUUCUAA